AUGGCAAUAAGAGAAGCCGAAUACCUGGCCGGCCGAACACUUAGAAAAGUUCCAGAUUCUGAAAAGAAGGAUAGGAGUGCUCCUCUUGGGUCGAAACCAACAGAUCAAAACAAUGAAGACAGUGCUUCAGGUCCACCAGCACCUGCUAGUGGAAAUCUCCCACCUGUUGGUCUUUCAAAUAUUUUUGCAAAUGGUGUACCAAAAUUGAAAUCUGUUAGUUCGGCAGAUGUUGGGCGUAAUAAUACGGUGCAGAAUUUAUCCACAAAACCAUCUAGUUAUGGGCACGUGAAAAGUCCUGCGCCUCCCCCUCCCCCUCCCUUAUCUCCGUCUACUGCAGCGUCUGUAGCUCAGAAUAACUACUCGUUGUCAACUACUCCUUAUACGCUUUAUCAACAUUCGGCUCCAACGGCAAAUAAUAAUGCUACAGCCGUUCGUAAUGGAUCAUCAGUACCAGCACCGGCAGCGGCUCCUCCGCCCCCAACUCCUGCCAGACCGUCGAUUUCAAAGAGCAAUUCUAAUUCUUCGUCUCACAAUAAUAAUAAUAGUUAUCCUAGGUACAGUUUUUAUAAAAAACCAUCUGAAGAUAAUCAACCAACACCACCUGUUGUUCCAAGUUCACCUGUACAAGUUAUAAUGCUUUCUUCAAUACCAGCAUCAUCAACAUCGUCAGCAUCACCCUCAUCACAACCAACACGAGUAACUCCUCUUCAGUUAGGAAGUGCAGCUAAUGUACAUGAAAAUAACAUUAAUGUUAGUAAUAGUAAUAAUACUGUUAAUAAUCUGAAUGGUACUACUACUACUACUAUACCUCCACCUCCAUCUGGACGUUCUCCACGACGGAAACAAAGUAGUUCAAAUCGAUAUCAGCGCGCCGGUUCAACAAACUCAGAUGUAAAUGGUAUACCUGUUGGUCAAUCAACUAAAGUGAUACGUAUUUCAUCAAAUAUUAAUGGAAGCGUAACUGAUUUGCCAUGUGCACCACCUUCUAAUGUAAAUCCAUAUUUACCUUCAUCUGUGUAUGAUAUGAACAAUUAUACAAUGAAUUCACGUGCACAUCCAACACCACCGCCUCCACCGCCACCACUUCAACAACCAUCAUUAUCUUCAAUGGACAAUUUCAAUUAUGAUAAUAAUAUCAAUAGUCUUGUUCGUCAUUUUGAAAGUCGUUUUACUUUUCCUGAUAUUGGAAGUGUUCGUGUUCCAAAAUCAUAUCAUGGUCCUAAAACUUAUCGUGUUGGUAGUAUUAAUAGUAGUGUGAAUAAUAAUAAUAACAUCAACGACAAUUACCGUAAUCAAGUGCCUUAUCGAGUGGCUCCUGCAGCGCCAAGAAAUUACUAA